AUUUCAAAGCCCGGGGUCAGCAGUCAGGCAGGAGCAGCCCCACAGCAGCCCAUGCAAUGGGCACCCUUAUGUACAAAAAGAGGUACAAGAGCUGCACAAGAGCACUGGGGUGAAAGAAAUACACAAAACCACUGAGCCUUUGGCAUUCUAUAGGGAAGUAGCUGCUCACAAUUUGCAGACAACCAGCCCACAUCCCAUGGGGCACUCUCUGGUCCGGGCACUCCCUGCUCUGCUCUCCCAUUUCCCACACAACAGACCCCUCAUCCCAUGCACAAGGAUUUUGCUCCACGAUACAAAGGUCAGAUGGGAGCGAAGGUCAGCUCCAUCCCGAGAAAUCCACAGAGCAAACAGUGAGGGCCCAUUUAUCACUGGAACAACAAAAAACACGAACAAUCUGCCCGCUGGGAGAUGCUGGCGGAGCAGGGAGGGCUCACUGCAGCCCUGGGGGUUAAGGUCAGGCUGGAUGACCACGGUCUGGCUGGUGCAGGGCACGUGCAGCAGUCAGGUGAUGGGCAUUCACGUCAUCCCCCAGGCACGCUGCUGAACCUCCACGUUGUAUUUACAUGGAGUGAGGUCCAAAAAGCCUUCCCCUGUGGAUGCGCUUAUCUCAGAGCUCUUCUGCCGCCCGCAGAUGGGUUAUAUAAAGUGAGCCCGUGCCUGGCUGCAGCAAGAGGUGAGAGCAGCCAGGUGCAGGGCAGAGGUGCAGCCUCGCUGUGCUCCCUGUGCUGGGGACACUUUGGCCUCUGGCAGAACGUGUCUGACCUUGCUGGGCAGCCCCACUCAGGAGCAGUACUACUCCAGACCCCAGAAGCGAGAGUUGCAGCUCGCUGGCCCAGCAGAUCAUGUCGUUGAAGGCUGCACUUCUGCUCACCCUCCUGGCCACCCUGCCAGUGUCACCAGCCGAGCUGGCACGGAGUGGCUUCUGGGAGUACCUCAGCCAGCUGACAAGUGACAAGGACAGCCUAGAGCAGGCACAGGGCAGCAAGCUGGGCAGGGAGUUCACAAACCUGAAGGAAAGCCUCCAGGACAGGGGCAGCAACGUGGGGAACUUCCUUGAGAAGUUGGCACCUCUCAACAGAGGCAUCCAGCCCCGGCUGUACCACGACUCCGACAGCCUGAGGAAGCUCAUCAGGAAAGAGCUGGACAGCCUGAGAGUGAAACUGUCCCCUUACGUGGACGACGUGCACCACAGAGUGGGCAAACACCUGGAAGACCUGCGCUAUCAGCUGCAGCCCUUCACCGAGGAGCUGCUGGACCAGGUGUCCCUCCGUGCACGGGAGCUGCAGCGACACCUGACGCCCAGCCGAGACGUGGCAGCUCAACUGCUGGACGGCGUGGACGAAGUGCAGCGUUUCAUGGCUCAUUACGCCGAUAAAAUCGCCUUCCACACGGACCAGGUGAAGGACAUCUUCCAACCUUACGCUGACAGGUUACUGAGCGAGAUCCAGCGCUCAGUGGAGGAGCUCCACAGGAACGUGGUCCCGCACAGCCCCGCCAGCCCCGAGCAGCUCAACCAACACAUCGGUGAGUUAUCAGCCAAACUAACCCAGAACGCCCGGGAUCUGCACCGCAACAUCCAGCGCAACCUGGAGCAGCUGAAAGCCAAACUCAGCCUACACCCGGGGGAGCACCAUGAGGAGAUGGCCAGCGAGGUGCAGCAACGCAUCGAGGAGUUCCGAAGGGAAACGUAUCGACAGAUCCAGGACUUCACUCGUGCCGUGCACCAGGAGACGGAGGACAUGAGGCUCAAGCUGUCGGCUCGGCCUCAAUAUCUAGAGGAGGCUGCGGGCAGCCCGGCCCCGCUGGAGGAUCUAAGGGCCAGUCUGGACGCGCUGUGGCGAGAUCUGGCGUAUAGUCUGAGCGAGCGUGGAGGAGAAGCGGCGUGAUGGCUGGGUACGGGGAGCGGACACAAUAAAGCCAGCAGGCCUCGCCUCUCCGCCGCCA